UCGCCAAAGCCAUUCGAUAGACCGGUGUCGCCCAAUAGUCCCUCGCAUUACCACCACCACCAUCCCCAACGUUAUCAACUGCAGCAGCUACGGCAGCAGCCCCAACACCAACAUCAGCAACAACAACAGGCCCAGCAUUAUGCUCGACACAUGAUUUCAGAUAGACCAAGUUACCGAGUUCCCACUGCCCAGUACCCCGGGCUAGGAAGUAAACUGGUCACCAUGUCAAGCAACGAAGGGCAGGCCAGCACCAGCCUAACGAGUCGGGAGCACAGUCUGCCUCACCGAGGUGCCGGUGAUGGUCCAAUGGGUCGAACUAUGCAACCACAGCCCCAUUUAAGUUCGUCAAGACAUACCCAUACAAAUGGGGCCUCUGAUAGUAGUAGAACAUCUACCCGUCUGACUGGAAGUGAAACUGGUGAGACGACAACUAUAAUGGAGGAACCUAUAAUAACUUCAGAAGUUGGGCCCAGAAGGAGCAUGGAGAAUGUUUUGCCUAACGGUCGCAAAGCUUGGCUGGUACGAAAUGUGCCUUCAGGUUCAAGCGGCCGUAUGGAAAGCGAAAACAUUGUAGGGGUUAGUAGUGGGGGCAAUGACUUGGCAGAUGGAACAAUCGAACUAAUAGUAAGCCAUUGA